GCUAUAUUUAUUUCUCUUUUCUAAAUGUACAAUUAGGACAAAUGUCGGGAGCACACGGAGGACGCACCAAUGACCUCAUCCGCAGGUUUGAGAGCCUGGCGUUGAAGCAGCAAGGCAGCGGAGCAAUACCGCAAAAGGCAGACCGGCCGGUACGCAUUUCGCCGGCAGCAGUCACACAGCAAUCGCCGUCGCGACCAGCACUGGCACCGGUGCUGGAAGACCAGGCAGUGACGUUUCCGGAGCUGGCGCAGACGCCACCACACCGGCCGGUGGGCGACCUGCACCGGUCGGACCAGCUCCGGCCCAACCUGCAAGCAGGCGGGCUGAGCAUUUCGCCAUUAAGCCCGCACAGCCUGCCAUUGACCAGGCCUCCCCCAGCCGACGACGGUCUGGCACUGCGCACCAGUACGGGGCGGAAGCGCUCGCUGGUGACGGAUUUGAACAAGCGGGCGCAAAUCGACCGCAGCAUCUCGGCGUCGGUGAAGGCGUGGCUGAAGACGGCACAGCAUUGCAUGGAGGAAGCCAAGGCGGAUAAACGGAACGGGGAGCUGGAGAACGCAUAUGUGAAGUAUAUGAAAAGCUCGACGAUUAUCACAGAGAUUGUGCCCAAGCAGAAGGAGUUUGACAGGCGCGACUCGGUGUACGUCAGGCUGCGCGGUGAAUUGGGCCGGUCGGUGCUCAAUGAGCUCGAGGAGCUGGCGGCAGUGCUCAAGCAGAGACCGUAUCCGGAGCGCUCGAUGACGGCUGAGCAGGUAGAUGAGAUGGAGGAUGCAUUCGCCAACAAGUUCCCGGAGCACCCGGGCGAGCCGUGGACAACGCCGCCAGUGCAGCCAGUGUCGUAUAACUCGGCAAGCACUAUUGAGGAUGUCUUGUACAAUGAGCAUAAUAGCAGGUUCCGGGAGAUUGACGCGCAGGCGCGCAUGGUGGAUAUGAGCGGACCGCAGACCGGCAUGGCAGCAGUGCAGGGCAGCGGCGGGGCAGCGGCGGAGUGGGUUGGCAAGAACAUGGUCACGUGCACGCCCACCGAGCUCUGGGACCUGAUACAGAAAUCGCGGGUGUCGACGGGCGGGCGGCCGUCGGUUCUGAUCCUGGACGUGCGGAUGCACCAAGAGUUCGCGUGGGGUCACAUCGACCACCGCACAGUAGUGAAUGUGGAUCCACUGGGACUACAUGCAGGAUGUACGUCUCGGGAUAUCGAAAAAUCGCUGGUCUUGGUAUCUGAGGAGCAGCAGGAGUGGUUCCGGCGGCGCAACGAGUUCGACAUAGUAGUGUAUAUGGACCAGAACUCGCGCAACUCGAACACAAAGGGGCUGCGGGAACUGGUGGCAGCCAUCUAUCACUACGAGGUGGACAAGACAUUGAAGCACUCGCCGCUGCUAUUGAUUGGUGGCAUGGACGCGUGGGAGGCAGAGGUGGGGAGGGACAAGUGCCUCUGGUCGAACACAGCGGCCAAGAAGGCGCCGAAUAUCGCGUCGAUGCUGUCGUACCAUGCACCGACGGGGGCAUUAACGAAUACACAAGCUCAGAAAUACACGCCUGGGCCCCAGAAAUACACGGCAGAGCCUCAGCAACAGCAGCAGUCAGUGGACCUGUACCGGUACCAGCCGAUGCCUAUGCAGCCAGCGGUGGGCUCGGUGUUUGACUUUUUCCAGCAAAAUGCAAACUACCGGCCACAGUGGCCGGCAGUGUAUACGCAGGGAUACAAUACACAGGGACUUGAAUCGGCGGAUCAGAUCGCUGCGCCCAAGCCGUUGCCGGAGAUCCCGGGGGCGGCGGCGCGCGUACAGCGGCGGAAGACGGUGUUUGACAAUCCGGUCUAUGGGUUCACGGGGUCCCCAGGCAGCGGCGGUGAGAGGCAGGCGAUCAAGCAGCAAGCGCAGAUCCAAGUGUCUCAGCCGCCGUCGAUUCCACCCAAGCCGGCAGCGUACCAGCAGAAGGCUGAGGCAGAGGGCUAUACACAAAAGGAGGAGCCAUCACCUCAGAAGCCCGAGCUGUCUCCUCCGAAAGUUGAGCCAUCUCCUACAAAGACAGAGCCAUCUCCACAGACAACAGCAGCGGUGGUCAAGCGGCGACACACACCGCCAGCCGCGCCAUUACCAGCAGUCCCCCGGCCAUCGACACUGUAUGCAAACCCAACAGCAGCCGGAUCCGACCCGUCGCUCAACGGACGCAUGCACGCAGGCGGACUGAUCCGGUCGCAGGCGGUGGUAGCCACCAGCAGCCAGAAGACAGAGGAGGACGCGGGUGGGUUCGGAUCCACGGGUCUGAAGAACUUUGGCAACACGUGCUUCAUGAACAGCAUCAUCCAGUGCCUGGCCGGCACCACUCCCUUCGUGCGGUACUUCCGCCAGGGCCACUGGCGUCGCACUGCUGGCGGCAGCGACGUGGCGGUGGAGUUUGCGCGCCUAGUGGACACCAUGUGGAGCGGGCAGUAUGCGUCUCUGUCGCCAGUAGCCUUCCGCAAUGCUGUGGGCCGGCAGUCGGAGCAGUUCCGUGGCAACGACCAGGAGGACGCACAGGAGUUUGCUGUGUUCCUGCUGGACGCGCUACACGAGGCUCUCAAUACUAUCAGCCCGCGGCCGCCGCCCGACAGGGAGCUGUCGGCAGAGGACGAGCAAGUGUUCGAGCAGCUGGUGGAUGCGCGCCAGGCGCAGUUUAUGUGGGAGAGGCAUAUCCGCCGCAACUGGUCGAUUGUCACCAGCAUUUUCCAGGGCCAGGCGCAGUCGCGGCUCACGUGUCUGACAUGCCGCCACACAUCCACCACGUAUGCGACGUUCACGGAGCUGUCGGUGCCGAUUCCGGGCGGCACCCCCUCAACUGAUAUUUACAAGUGUCUGGAUGCCUACUCGGAGACCGAAGUGCUGGAUGGCGACGACCGGUGGAAAUGCCCGCAAUGCAAGGCUAAGCGCCGUGCGACCAAGCGGCUGCUAAUUGCUAGACUGCCGCUGGUGCUGAUCGUGCAUCUGAAGCGGUUCUCGACCAUUGGGCAUUUUCGCGAGAAGCUCGAGACUCGCGUCAGCUUCCCCACCCGCCACCUGCAGGUCGGCAAUUAUACGGCGCCAGGUACCGCAGGCAAGGCUGAAUACAAUCUGUAUGCGGUGGCUAACCAUUUCGGCACAUUGUCGGGCGGGCACUACACAGCCAGCGUGUUCAAUGGGCUGAGGCAGAACUGGAGCUACUACGACGACACGCGUGUAUCGCCCAUCCGCGAGCAGGACGUGGCUACGCCUGCUGCAUACCUGCUAUUCUAUGUGCGUGCAGACUAAGACUUAGAGUACAUUUAUUUAAUUCCUCCACCAAAGAACUCCAUCCAAAUGUCAGCCCUCA